CAAUGGAAUAGCUUUAAGUACUCCGCAUUCUUUCACCACCCAUCGAUUUUCUUUGGACUUUUCAGACUUCCUUUUCUUAAUGUUCGCAAGAUAUUUAUGUGGCAGAGGAGCUGGAUCGACCGCAAGGUGUAGCUCAAAAUCUGCCGUUAUGCCAUUAAGAGCAAAAAUUACCAAUCCUGCAUUUGCAGCCAGAGCACAGAUAACCACCGGUUCGCGGCGAGAUCAACAGGGAAAUGCGAGUGUUACAACUACAGAAGUCAUCAAAGAAUUACCAGGAGACGAGCCAGAAGAUGUACUCUUUAAUACGUUAUUCGGUGUUCGGACAAUCGAGCUUAAUCGGCCUUCGAAACUGCACUCCCUCAAUGGAUCUAUGAUACGAAAGAUUGUGCCUAGAUUGCAAGAAUGGGCGAAGUCAGAUAUGGCCAACGUGGUAGUCAUCAAGGGGUCAGGCCCCAAGGCGUUUUGUGCUGGUGGAGAUGUGGCAGCUCUUGCAAUAGACAAUUUAGAAGGAGAAGAGGGUCAGACAAAGUCGACGGAUUACUUUGGCCUUGAAUACAAGCUGGACCAUCUGAUUGCCACAUAUAAGAAACCGUAUGUUGCUUUUCUGGACGGCAUAACGAUGGGAGGAGGAGUUGGAUUGAGUAUACAUGCUCCAUUCCGGAUAGCUACGGAGAGAACGAUGUUUGCCAUGCCAGAGACGACGAUUGGGUUCUUCCCGGAUGUUGGAGCUUCAUUCUUCUUACCACGAAUGUCAGGCGCAGUGGGCACAUAUCUUGCUCUAACAAGUGAGAAGCUGAAGGGUGUGAACGUUUUCUAUGCUGGGGUUGCGACACAUUACAUUCAUUCGACGUCAUUACCUGCACUGGAACGACGAUUGGCCGAACUUCGAUUUAAAGAUUACGAUACAUUGGAAGAACGUCUAACUCUCAUUGAUUCUACCAUCGAGGAAUUUUGUACUGGCCUCCCACACGACGAGCCUAUGCUCAUCCAAGGGGCCAUGAGGCAAGCGAUCGAUCGCUGUUUCGGCAAGACAAAUGUGCCUGAGAUUAUCGAAGCACUGAAAGUGGAGGAAGGAGAAACGAAAGAAUGGGCGGAGAAGACCCUCGCCACCUUACACAAGCGUUCACCUACUAGUGUGUAUGUGACCCUCCGACAGAUGCAACUUGGUCGCGAGUGGAGUAUAUCACAGACUUUCCAACGAGAAUAUUCAAUUGCCGGGAAAUUUAUGCGUCAUCCAGACUUCACCGAAGGCGUGCACGCGCUGCUGAUACGCAAAGACGGAAAGCCCGCGUGGCAGCCAGCCUCUCUGGAGGAUAUCAAACCUGAGGACAACAUUGCAGAUCCAUUUUUCGAGAUCGAGCCUGGUGCGGAAAACCUUCAGUUACUCAGUACAGACGACUACAAACAUUACCCAUUUGCACGAUUUAAUGUACCUACCGAGAAACAAAUCGAGAACGUGGUUAAGGGUGGCGUCUUGAGUCGAAAGGAUAUUGUGAAACGCUUCGUGGAUGCAAGAAAGGGCAAGCAAGGAGUGAAAGAGGUGGUGGAGGAAGUGGUGAACAGAAAAACUCAAGUGGAUCACAACAACAAGGCACAGUGGAUAUCUGAGUCUCAGGAAGUUGCCCAGUAGGUACACUUAGAACGAUGUGGCGAAUGUACUAGAUGUGUAUGAUAGAUGUGUGAGAUUUGUACAUCAGAUCGGAUGAUACGGCAAUGUUGCGGGUGUUGAUAAGUUAGCGGUCGCAGGAGAAAAAUAAUCUCGCUGAAAGAAUAGAAAGGAGGGUGAAUCAUGUGAUUGGUAUGUUGCCUAUGGGCCUAAAACUGGCUGAGUCAUGGCAUUAAGCGCGGUAUCACCGAACUUUUCUUCUGCCGAAAUUAUAAAAGGGAGCUCUACCCCGCUCUGCAAAUAAUGAAUGAUUUUUGAGUUGG